CCUUUUUCACCGCCGAAGUGCCCCGCCAAUCUUGCCCCGCCAUCAUUGCUUUGCGUAUUCUCCAGCAAAAUGACUUCCGCAAGACCCGGCGCAGGCAGGACGCGAACAAACAGCAUCAGCCAAAAGGAGUCUGUUCCUAAGGCGGGCCAAUGGCCGGUCGAUCCUCAAGAAGCUGUUCCCAUCGAUGACGACCGCAUAUGGAUUGACGGGUGCUUCGACUUCGCGCAUCAUGGUCAUGCCGGCGCGAUGCUACAAGCUCGGCAACUGGGCAAGGAGCUGCUCGUUGGCGUGCACUCCGAUGAAUCUAUCUUAGAGAACAAGGGUCCAACGGUUAUGGACUUAAAAGAACGUGUUGCUGCCGUGGAUGCGUGCCGCUGGGCUACCAAAUCCAUUCCUCAUGCUCCUUACGUUACCUCGCUACCCUGGAUAUCACAUUAUGGUUGCCAGUUUGUUGUGCAUGGUGAUGAUAUCACAUCUGAUAGCAGCGGGGAAGAUUGCUAUCGCUUUGUGAAGGCAGCUGGCAGAUUCAAGGUCGUCAAGAGAACCCCGGGUAUAUCGACGACCGACCUCGUUGGCCGUAUGUUAUUAUGCACAAAGACACACUUCAUUAAGUCAUUCCAACGAACCCUUGCUGGUGAGGAGGGUGAUGGAAGCGAUGAAGAACGAAAAGUCAAGGCAGCAGCUAUGCUCCAGAGAAUCAAAGAUUAUGCCACCGAUGAGUCGGGGCUCAAUCCUGGAUUGGAAGUAUGGGACUGGAUUGCAUCACGACCAGCCAAGGAACGACGUGUAUCUCGUGUCGAUACCUCAACUUCGCAAGACUCCACUUCCCCUACUAUGCACAAAACCGAGCGUGUUCGUGAGGAGAAAGGAAUCUUCAAGCAUCUCGUGCAGGGCAAGAGGCCCAAGCCUGGACAGCGAGUAGUAUACGUCGACGGCGGUUUCGACUUGUUCUCUACCGGUCAUACCGAAUUCUUAGCCCUCGUUAUUCGAACGGAGUCUGAGGAAGCUUUAGCGCAAGGAUGGACCGCCGAUGAACAGAGAGAUAAGAGAGUCCAAGAGUCCGGAUGUGACUAUGCGCCGGUAUAUCUAAUUGCUGGCAUACACGACGACGAAGUCAUAAACUAUUGGAAAGGCGUGAACUUUCCAAUCAUGAACAUGUUCGAAAGAGGACUCUGCGUUUUACAAUGCAAGCAUGUGGACGCCGUUGUAUUCGGAGCUCCUUUCACCCCAUCAAAAGCUUUCCUGAGAAGUUUGCCGUACGGUGUACCGGAUACAGUCGCACAUGGGCCAACCUCGUUUAUGCCGCUGACAUUCGAUCCUUAUAAAACCUCCAAAGAACUUGGCAUCUUCAAAGAGAUUGGCUCGCAUGAGUUUCAGAAUGUCAAUGCUGGGCAGAUAGUAGAGCGUAUCAUGAAAGGAAGAGCUCUGUAUGAAGAGAGGCAGCGUAAGAAAGGAGAAAAGGGUUUCGGAGAGGAAGCAAUGCGAAGACGUGAGCAGAUGGAGGAAGACGCAGCGAGGCAGAGGAAGUUCCGCGAGAUCGAGAGGAUGUAUAGCGUCUAGUAUAGCGUUAUGAAUUUCUGCGAUUGAUUGCUGCAUAACCUUACGCACUGCUGCUCUUUUGGCGGCUGACCCACUUAAAUUCCACUUAAACUUCAAGGGUCCAAGACUCGCGUCAUGACGCGCUCGCGAAGGUGGAAACAACUAGUGCUAUUUAGGCAAAGUCAC